GAUGAAGUCAACGAGAAAAUUUCAUCGGGUAAUACAGAUUAUGACACAUCAGAUGAUAAUCAAAGUCUAUCAGACGAUAACAAUGAAGGUUCCUACGAAAGUCCAUCAGACGAUAACAAUGAAG